GGAGUCCGUCAUGCCAAGACGACAGCAUCCCUGCUUAUCGCUCCUCCGAGUCUGUCUCGGCUUCAUGAGGAAUUGAUCGCUCUCUAUCUUAGUCUUGAACUGCUCUGGUUAAUAGAUGGUCUCCACCAUCAUGCUCAUCUUUUACAUGCCGACCUCAAGCCGGACAAUUUACGUCUUUCUAGUUGGACUGACGAUAGUAUAGGUAGCGGCACAGGAAGCUCAUUGAUCUCAUGGGAUAAGGUGCUAUCUCUAGUUCACAUUUCUGUUUCAUUUCCUAUUAUAUCUGCUAUGGCUGACUCGGACCAGCUGAGCUGCUCUUCUGAUAAGCGAAUGGCACACAUGAAUUGCAAUUCGUUAACUGGAAAUUCCUUGGCUUCCCGAGAGAACAAGGAAAACCAGGUUAGACAUCAAGAAGUCGCCAGUGGAGUUAUUUUUAUGUUUAUUUUUUUUAUUCCCUCAGACCUCAUUGCUUUUAUAGCCCCCAGAAUAACAUCACAUAGAAGUGUUCGUUCAUAUACGAAUAGCUUUUUAAAGCAUUCUAUCUGA